CAAGUUAAAACUUUCCAUUGAUGCAAUAUGCCAAACAAAUAUGACGGGGGAUUUUGCUAGAUCAGAUCAUCUGUUGUGCACAAGCUGUUGUGAGAAGGGUCAGCUACAACGUGUCUCUCCAGGAAGACUCCACAAUGAAAAAAACAACCCACAGUUGCUUCUUACCGAUUAUCCUUCUUAUUAGAAUGGUUCCAAGUCUUACUGCUACUGUAAAUUAUACUGAUCCUACAUUAGAGCCUGUAGUAACUGAAAAUUCAGUCAUACGACAGAAGAUAAUAGAUUCACAGUUCAAAUGCUAUGAGAGGAUGAACAGAGCACCUCCAUAUAGGAAAAAAGGUCUGUUCUGCAACCGAACCUGGGAUGGCUGGCUGUGCUGGGACGACACACCUGCUGGCAGAAUCACUGCUCAGAACUGUCCAGAUUACUUUCCAGACUUUGACCCAACUGAAAGAGCUUCAAAAUAUUGCGAUGAAACUGGAAACUGGUUCCGCCAUCCUGAGAGCAACCGCACUUGGUCCAACUACACCCUGUGCAACUCUUUCACCUCUGAAAAACUGAAGAUGGCGUUCAUACUUUAUUAUAUGGCGAUAGUUGGCCAUGCUUUGUCUAUAACAUCCCUGUUGAUUUCCCUGGCAAUUUUCUUCUAUUUCAAGAGCCUCAGCUGUCAAAGGAUAACACUGCAUAAGAAUUUGUUUUUUUCUUAUGUGCUGAACUCCGUGUUUACAAUUGCCCACCUCAUCGCUGUUGUGCCUAACCCAGGCCUUGUAAAGAGGGAUCCAGUAAGCUGCAAAGUGCUGCAAUUCUUUCACCAGUACAUGCUGGGCUGCAACUACUUCUGGAUGCUCUGCGAAGGGAUUUACCUUCACACGUUAAUUGUGGUGGCAGUGUUUGCUGAGGAGCAGCGUUUGCACUGGUAUUACCUCUUGGGCUGGGGGUUCCCUUUAGUGCCAGCAUCUAUUCAUGCAGUUGCAAGAGCCAAAUACUUCAAUGACAACUGCUGGAUGAGUGUUGACACUUACUUGCUUUAUAUUGUUCAUGGACCUGUAAUGGCAGCUUUAUUGGUCAAUUUUUUCUUUUUGCUUAACAUUGUCCGAGUUCUGGUGACAAAGCUAAGAGACACCCACCGUGCUGAGUCCAACAUGUAUAUGAAAGCUGUCAGAGCCACAUUAAUCCUGGUGCCCUUACUAGGAAUUCAAUUUGUUAUUAUUCCCUGGAGACCAGAAAACCGCCUUGCUGGAGAAAUAUAUGACUACAUCAUGCAUAUAUUAAUGCAUUACCAGGGCUUACUUGUGGCGACUAUAUUCUGCUUCUUCAAUGGUGAGGUACAAGGAGCUUUGAAAAGGCAAUGGAUGCAGUACAAAACCCAGUGGGGCCAAAGGCGCCGAGAGCACUGUUCCACCCGAUCUACCUCCUACACUGCAACGUCAAUCACAGAGGUCCCCGUGUACCUGUACCAUCAUGACUCCAACAAUGAACAGCUAAAUGGAAGAUACAUAGAUGACUCUGAACUUGUUGCAUUGAAAUCUGGAGAGACGUCUGCCUAGCUCAGCAGCAGCCACUGCAAACACACCAUUUCAUGUCCUGCUUAUGAACAAAGAGAGGGAAAGGGUGGGAGUGCAGAAGCCCAAGCCACUGUGAGAGAACGCAAGACCAGGUGAAUGUACACGUCAUAUCCAAACCACAUCAGCCUUUGACAGCGAUGGCCUAGAGAGAGUCUGACGCAGAGGUGGGAAUGGCAUUUAUUCCUAUUGAGCGUGGACCUGCCCACCAGGCUACAUAAUUCCCACUCCUCCUGACACUGGCCAUAUGAAGUGACAAUCUGGCAGAAGCAAUGGUGCCAGGGAGCCCACAGCAAAUAGGAAAGAAGGAACCAGCAUGUGGCAAUGGGAAACUUUCAGCACUUUUUGCUUUCAGUACUUUUCUUUAACACGAGAUUUUAAAUGUCAACUUUCACAUGAUGUGACUGGCUUGGAGUCCUUUACUUUUCCCCUUUUAAGGAACUUGGUGACUUCCUAAAAGAGUUUGCACAUUGCAAG